AAGAUAAAACUUUGAAGAGAUGAAAUUCAAAAACUAUAAAAUUCCGAAAGAUAAAAUUUUGAAGGUACGAAAUUUAAAAACUGUAAAAUUUUGAAAAGAUAAAAUUUUAAAAUAUAAGUUUUAAAAGUACUUGUUCUGCAUUGUUUUGAGCAUUUGCUGUGUUGGUGAUGAAGGGCAGCACGAUAAAAUAUUUCAUCUAAAACUGAUACUAUAUUUUCAGUCAUGUACCAUCAUUUUUAAAAUUUUAACCCUCAUCCUCCUGCUAAGGUUAUAUAAUACAGGAGUUUGGUAUGGAAAAAAAAGAAAAAAUAUGUAGCCUGAUUUUUAAAAUUUUAUUUUAUUUUAUUUUAAAGAAUCAUCUAAAGAUGAUUAAGGGGGCCAAGGAAAAAACUGAAGUAGGGACCAUCUGUUUCACCAGAGCAGUAGUAUUUGGCUAAGAGAGUAUAUGAAAUAGUAACUUGCUCAGAUUCCUGUUGUCAGUGUCUGUGUAAGUUCCUCUCGUGUUUACUCACUCUCUGACUCACUGGACAACAUGUGCCUUGAAAUUGUUAUGAUACAUUAUCCUUCUGUGUGUGUCAUCAGAGCUGUCUGCAAUCCAGGGUGUCCAGGUGAAAUCACAGCCCAGGGAGCAGCCAGAACAACAGCAGGGAGAGCUGCCACCUCCAACGGGAUUGAGGUGCUGAGGGAGCAGGGAUUGCCCCUCUCUGUCUGCAUAAAUUACUGAGCUGCAGAGGUUCAGAUGACCAGUCCCUUCAUCAUCUCAGUGGCCCUUCGCUGGGUCCUCUCCAGCAGCAGUACAUGGUAACUCCAUCACCUUCUGGCCAUCCCAAUGAUGAAAUCAGAAGCUAAGGAUGGAGAAGAGGAAAGCCUGCAGACAGCAUUCAAAAAGCUGAGAGUUGACACAGCUGGAUCUACUACUUCUCUCUCUGUGGGUGAAGGGACAAGUCCCAGAGCACUAGUUAGAACAGUGGCAGAUGAAACCAAACCUAAGACUGUGUGUGCUUCAAAGGAAACCUGGCAUGGGUCUAUGAAGAAGCCUCCGAGAGGAGUCGUGAGAACCCAGCGUCGCAGGCGUUCCAAGUCUCCCAUUCUUCAUCCUCCAAAGUUCAUCCACUGCAGCACAAAAUCGCAUUCCACGUGCAGCCAGCUGGUGCAGAAGAGCCAGCUGGAUGCCCAGGACGACAGCAGUGGGUUUGGGAUGCCAGUCUCCAGGGAAGCUGGUGCACACGGACGAUGCAGCGCUGCUCCUGACCUUGGCCACAAGGGAGCUGAGGUUGAGGCUUUGGGGGUUUCUGUUACACAGUUGACAUCGGAGAACAGGCAGGAGAACUCUCCAGCUGCAGCUUCUCUGGUGCCCAAAGCCAGCCUAAAGACUACGGAGCUUUCUGACUUCCAGUCCAUGUGCAAGCUGAACACGAGUAAGCCGUGUGCCUGUGCAGGUAAAGCCUGUCAGUGCAAACUGUGGCAAGACAUGGAAGUGUACAAAUUCUCUGGCUUGCAAAACAGCCUCCCCCUGGCACCCGACAGAACAGUUUCUGAGGAUCACUCACAGCCUUUGCCAUCAAGAACUCCCUCAAGUUCUCCACGCUCUUGCUCUGAGCAAGCCAGGGCCUUUGUGGAUGAUGUGACAAUAGAAGACCUUUCGGGAUACAUGGAGUAUUACUUGUAUAUUCCAAAGAAAAUGUCUCACAUGGCAGAAAUGAUGUACACCUGACAGCAAUGAGCGCCAGAAGGGUGGCUGGUUUAAAUCUGCUGUCACACUCAUGUGAAGAUCCAACCCACUCCCUGCUCACUUGCAAUAAAAACACUUCUUUGCAUCUCA